AGAAACAAGUCCUUGCCCCGUAUGUUGUUCAUUGCACGUCUUGUCCAGUUUCAUAUCUGAAAAAAGAAAGAGAAAAAACCGGGUUUUUUUGGGUUCCGUCUCGUGGACUGGUGGUGUUGUUAAUGGGUAACGUGACGUCGGGGGUGGCGGCAAAGUUUGCGUUUUUCCCACCGGAUCCGCCGACGUACGGUAUCCGGCAGGAAGAAGAUGGAAGGGUGGUAAUGCCGGGGAUCACGGGUGACAUGAACAUGAACGUUCAUUUGCUGGACACCAAAGGCGGCAAUAAAAUCGUGGCCAACUUUUGGAGACACCCUUUGGCCAGGUUCACCCUCCUGUAUUCCCACGGCAACGCCGCCGACUUGGGCCAAAUGCAUGAACUCUUCAUCGAGCUCAGAGCCCACCUCCGCCUCAAUAUUAUGAGUUAUGAUUAUUCAGGAUACGGAGGAUCAUCUGGCAAGCCAUCCGAGUUCAACACAUACUAUGACAUAGAGGCGGUAUACAAUUGUCUGAAGAAGGAAUAUGGGGUUAAGCAAGAAGAUCUGAUAGUGUACGGCCAAUCCGUCGGAAGUGGACCGACCCUACAUUUGGCCUCUCAUUUACAAAGACCAAGGGCAGUCGUCCUUCAUAGUGCCAUCCUUUCCGGCAUUCGAGUCCUCUAUCCCAUCAAGAUGACACUCUGGUUCGACAUCUUCAAAAACAUAGACAAGAUCCGACGAGUCAAUUGUCCGAUCCUAGUUAUACAUGGCACGAACGAUGAGGUGGUUGAUUGGUCUCACGGUAAACGAUUAUGGGAACUCUCGAAGGAGAAGUACGAGCCUUUAUGGGUGAACGGCGGCGGCCAUUGCAACCUCGAAACGUACCCCGAGUACAUUAAACACCUACGCAAAUUCGUAAAUGAGAUGGAGAAGAUCUCGAACGCGAAACCGGAGAAAGAGGUUGAUUCUAGACCAAGACUCUCGGAUGUAUCUACCGAACAGAAUGGUUGCUUGAGACUCAAGAAAAGGGCAGCCGGUUCGAAAAAGGAGCUGGGAACAGUGUAG